AUGGCUUCCACUCUAGCUCAGCUGUUCACUUUAUGGCUGGCGGCCUUCGCAGUCACUCUCAAUGCCAGUCCGGUUAUUCGUGCUGUCGUUGAUGAGAGAGCAACUCCCCCGUUGCCCAGCGUGGACAAGUUCUAUCUACCUCCUCCCAACUUGGAGUCGUAUGCCCCGGGUGCCAUCAUUCGACAUCGCCCACCGCCAAACCCUAUUGCGGCAUUCGCAGUCGAUCCCAUAGAUCUUCGUGCGAGCUAUCAGCUUCUGUAUCGAACUACAGAUAGUCUUAACCAGGCAACCGCAACAGUGCUCACAGUUCUCGUUCCCCAUAACGCAGACUUCACCAAAGUCCUGUCGUAUCAGGUAGCAGAGGAUGCCGCCGACCAAGAUUGUGCUCCGUCUUACGCAUUCCAAUUGGAACAUGACACUGGGCCACAGAAUGGGACGUCAACUACACAAGCUGAGUUGCUGUUGAUAGAGGCAGCUCUAGAACAAGGUUGGGUUGUCAUUGCUCCCGACUUUUUAGGUCCAAAGGCCGCCUUUCUUGCCAAUGCCCUUGCCGGUCACGCCACCUUGGAUGGAAUCCGGGCAGCGAAGAACUCGGGUUCAAUUACGGGCAUCAGCAAGAAUCCAACUAUUGCCAUGUGGGGAUACUCUGGUGGAAGCGUCGCUUCCAUGUGGGCAGCCGAAUUGCAGCCAUCAUAUGCGCCAGAGCUUGUGAUUGCCGGCGCCGCAGUUGGAGGCGUCGUGCCCAACAUUACCACGGUUGUGACAGAGAUCAAUGGAAAGGGCAACGCUGGACUCAUUCCCGCGGGAGUUCUUGGCCUUGCUCACCAGUAUCCUGAGCUGGACGCCAUCGUGAGACAGCACAUCCUGCCGCAAUACAAGGACGAGUUCUACAAAGCCGAGAAUCAGUGUCUGGGAGCCAACAGCAACGACUUUGCCAACAAAGAUAUCAUCGGCAUGUUUGAUGAUCGUAAUCUUGUCUAUACCAACCCAACUGCUAUCAAAAUUAUCACCGAGAACGGCCUUGGUCAGCGUGUUCCCAAAAUUCCCAUGUUUGUGUACAAGGCCAUCAAGGAUGAGGUCAGCCCAGUUGCGGAGACAGAUAACCUGGUUCAAUUUUACUGCAAGGGCGGCACAACCAUUCAAUACCUCCGUGAUCAAAACGCCAAUCAUGAGCAGAUGGCCAUUAUUGGAGCCCCAAAAGCGCUGUCUUGGUUGAUAAAGAGGAUGAAUGGCAAAGAUCACCAGAAGACUUGCUCUACGAGCACUGUGUUUUCUGCACUGCUAGAUCUUGAUGCUUUGAAGGUUCUGCCAAAGUUUCUUCUGGAUGCGUUAUUGGACUUAUUGGGGAAGCCGGUGGGACCUAUAUUUGGGUAA